UCCAUCCCCACCCCCACGAGCGAGAGCGGGAGCCCACCGACGCCGACGCCAACCGCCAAUGACCCGCCGCCGACGCCGACACCAACGCCGCGGCUCGCCGCCGGCGCCUCCUCCUCCGCCUUCGCUCGAAAACGACGACCUCCUCCGCGAGAUCCUGCUCUGUAUCCCGCCGCAGCCCUCCUCCCUCCCCCGGGCCUCCGCCGUCUGCAGGCGGUGGCGACGCGUCGCCGUCGACCCCAAGUUCACCGCCCGCUUCCGCGCCCACCACGGGAAGCCACCCCUCCUCGGCUUCUCCCAGCGCCGCGACGACGGCAUCGUGUUCGCCCCCGUCCUGGACGCUCCCGACCGCGUCCCUCCCGAGCGCUUGGACCUGCGAAUCCGCGAUGUGACUCUGAGGCCCACCUCCUCGGGUGCCGCCACGGCCGCGUCCUCGUCUUCGACGUGGCGCGGGCGGAGGUCCUUGUGUGCGAUCCCAUCACGGGCGAGCAGCGCCGCGUGGCCGUCCCGCCGGAGUUCAAGACGGGCCACGUCAACGGGGCGGUGCUCUGCGCUGACCGCAGCCAGGGCCACAUGCACGGCGGCUGCCGCUCCAGCCCGUUCAAGGUGGUCUUGGUGUUCAUGCGCAGCCACGAUCAUCGACCCCUCGCAUGCGUCUACUCCUCCGAGAUCAACUCAUGGGGCCAUCUCAUCCAGACAGAGGCUCCACACCCAGGUUCGGCUUGUUGCGGUGGUGCUCAGAGCAUCCUUAUUGGCAAUGUUCUUUACUGGCCGUUAAAGCAUGCGAAAGACGGCAUACUUCAGUUUGAUUUGGAUAGGCAGAGUCUAGAUGUGAUCGAGACACCUCUGGGUAUGAAUGUUCCCCGCAAUCAUCAGAUCAUCCAUGCAGAGGAUGGCACUCUUGGUCUCGCCAUAUUGUCCCACAAUUACCAUAACAUUCAAACGUGGCAGCGGAAGGUCAAUUGUCAGGGUGUUGCCACAUGGGUGUUGUGGAAGACCACCGAAAUGCAUGACAUUCUUGGGCUCUCUCCUCCGACUGAGGUAGUUAGAAGGGGGUGGAACUGAUACUGGGAUACGACCAGGAUGCUAAUGAAAUGUUAUUGUAUCUGGAUGGCACUGUCUAUAUUGUUCAACUGAAGUCGAUGCAGUCAAGAAAACUUUGGGAAAGCCUGUCAUUCCUUCAACAGUUUCUACACGCCAGGAGGCUGCAAGGUUAAGUUGCAGACGAAACUGACUAGCGGGACAGAGCACUGAAGUGCCCCGACGGAAUGGCCGAAUAAGAGGAGCGGGAGCACUCACUCGACGACGACCUUGCGCACGGGGCCGGCCUCGUCGGCGCGGAGCUCGGCGAGGCGGGGGACGAGCUCGUGGAGCGGCAGCCGGCGGAGCCCGCGCACCUGCAGGAGGCGCGGGCCCAUGUCCCCGGCAGAAGCGUCCAGCUGGGGAAGGCCGUGCGGAGGGAAGGCCGGC